GUUGAAUCAUUAUUUUUUUUUUUUUUUUUGUCGGAUAGUUGUUACUUUGCUUAGUUUGUUCUGCCGCAAAAUAGAUAAUAAAAUCAUAGAAUACUAUAUGUUUAGAACCAGUACGGCAGCGUACAUAAACUAGGGUUUUUACUUUUUAGUAUGAAAAAGUAUUUAAGACACUAAUUAACUCUCUAAGAUUUAUAUGUUUCUAAGUAAAUAGUAGGAUUUUAAGACGAGCGUAAUGAAAAAAGUAGCCUAGAAAAAAGGAUUGUUGUGAGGUAAAGCGUAGAGAAACAGUUGCUAUCUUUUUAUACACUUUUGUUUUUUUGUCUUUUAGGUUAAACUAGAGAAGAUGUGUCAGUCGUACCAGUAAAAGAAUAAAACUAUAGAUUCCCACCAGUUGAUAAUUAAAGUUUUAAACAUUAUCGUAUUAAAAUUUGUUUUAAGCUCAAAACGGUGCAGUCAAAGUUAUUAAAAAGCAUUAUAUGAAUAGUCGAGUCAAUAAUAUCAGAUGUUAUAAAUAAAUAAAUAAAAAGAAUAGUCGAAUAGUCAUAUUAACAAUAGCUUUUAAAAACUGGCGGAUCGCAAAUAUUUCUUUAUUACAGCUGAAUUUAUUAUAUUGGUUUGUAAAUUGUAAUGAGAUCGUAACGUUCUCGGAUGAAAGGAAUGAAUGAUUAUGAUACUUUAGUUUCUGAAAAGAUAAAGUUGUGAUUGUGGUAGUUCUGUAAAAGAGGUCUUCUUAAACAAAAUUGUGGCAGCUCUUUUAAACGGUCUUGUUGUAUUUUGUCUUUUAAAAGGUCUACUAUUAUACUAUAUGAUAGCCCGAUGGCCGUUUAGUACUGGGCUUUUUAUGAUUAAUCACUUUUGGGCUUUUUAUAAAAACAAAACCCAAAAGUGUCAGUGGUCCGUUAGAGUCAGUCCGGUUCGGUCCACGAACCGCCGCACCGCUGGUUGAUGCUACCUGACACAACGCGCACAUUAGUAAAGGUUUAGUUAUUCCACACUAACUUGCACUAACGGAACGUUAAAAAUAUAAAUUAGGAAAUUUUAAAGAUUUAAUAUAUUUCUCUCUCUCCUGCUUCUCCUUCUCCGUCUCUCCGUCGCUGCGCAACCGCACAGUUCAUAUCGUUUUCAAUAUUCUCUUUUCUUCUUCUUCUUCCUAUGAAGAUUCCGUUUUCGUCGAUCGUAUCAGUACGUACAAUUUCAUUCUGUUGAUUUCGUCUCGAUUUUGAAGAAUCCAAUAAGAUUUUAACAAUCUUUUAAAAUUCAGUAUCGGAAUUUUCGAAUCUAGGGUUUUAGAGUACUGGGUUUCUUCUUUCACUAGGAUCUUGUUAAUGGUGGGUUACAUCUGAUUUUGGUUUUUUUAGAAUUGAGAUGGGUAAUGUUGAGAUUCCCAAUUGGCUAAAGGUCUUGCCUUUAGCACCUGUGUUUAGACCUACAGACACUGAAUUCGCAGAUCCUAUUGCUUAUAUAUCGAAAAUCGAAAAGGAAGCUAGUGCCUUUGGGAUCUGUAAGAUCAUUCCUCCUUUACCAAAGCCAUCGAAAAAGUAUGUUUUCCAUAACUUGAACAAGUCUCUAUUGAAGUGUCCGGAAUUGGUUUCGGAUGUUGACGUUUCCAAGGUGUGUAAAGAGGAUAGAGCUGUGUUCACCACUAGGCAGCAAGAGUUAGGCCAGACUGUUAAGAAAACGAAAGGAGAGAAGAGUAAGAUUGUUUCUUCUCAAAGGAGUGGUGUUAAGCAGGUUUGGCAAAGUGGAGGGGUAUAUACAUUGGAGCAGUUUGAAGCUAAGUCGAAAACUUUCUACAAAAGCCAGUUGGGAACGGUUAGAGAAGUGUCACCUGUUGUGGUUGAGGCAUUGUUCUGGAAAGCGGCUUCUGAGAAGCCUAUAUAUAUAGAGUAUGCUAAUGAUGUCCCUGGCUCUGCUUUCGGUGAGCCAGAGGGACAUUACAGGCAUUUCCGGCAGAGGAAGAGGAGGGGCAGGGGAUUUUAUCAGAGGAAGACAGAAAUCAAUGAUCCAUCAGGGAAGAACAGUGAAAACUCAUCGCCCGAGGUAGAAAAAGCACCCCUUGCUUCUACAAGUUUAUCAUCUCAGGGUUCUUCCAAGCAGAAGAGCAUGGAUAUUCUUGAUGAAAUGGAAGGUACUGCAGGCUGGAAGCUCUCCAACAGUUCGUGGAACCUUCAGACGAUUGCGCGUUCUCCUGGUUCUGUUACACGUUUCAUGCCAGAUGACAUCCCUGGUGUUACAUCACCCAUGGUUUAUAUUGGUAUGUUGUUCAGUUGGUUUGCCUGGCACGUUGAGGAUCAUGAGCUUCACAGUAUGAAUUAUCUUCACACUGGCUCACCCAAGACUUGGUACGCUGUCCCUUGUGAUUAUGCGCUUGAAUUUGAAGAGGUUAUCCGCAAAAAUUCUUAUGGCAGAAACAUUGACCAACUGGCUGCUCUCACCCAACUAGGCGAAAAGACAACUCUUGUAUCACCUGAGAUGAUAGUUGCAUCUGGCAUUCCCUGUUGUAGGUUGGUACAAAAUCCUGGUGAAUUUGUUGUGACUUUUCCGAGGUCUUAUCACGUAGGAUUCAGCCACGGUUUUAACUGUGGGGAAGCUGCUAAUUUUGGAACUCCGCAGUGGCUCAAUGUAGCUAAGGAAGCUGCUGUGCGUCGGGCAGCCAUGAAUUAUCUCCCCAUGCUGUCCCAUCAGCAGCUGCUGUAUCUCUUGACCAUGUCCUUUGUUUCAAGAGUGCCACGAUCAUUCCUACCAGGUGGUCGUAGCUCCCGAUUGAGAGAUCGACAGAGAGAAGAAAGAGAGUUCCUUGUGAAAAAAGCUUUUGUUGAAGAUAUAUUGAACGAAAACAAGAAUUUAUCUGCUCUUCUUCGAGAGCCGAGUUCUCGUUUGGUGAUGUGGGACCCUGAUUUACUUCCGCGCCAUACCGCACUGGCUCUUGCUGCUGUUGGGGGUGCUGCUACUUCUGCUGUUUCACCUCCAGCAGAAGCAAAAAAUGAACCCGAGGAGGUGCAGAAUAAAGAGAAGACUACUCUUUUAGAGGAAUUGAGUUUGUUCAUGGAGAAGCUGAAUGAUGUAUACUACGAUGAUGAUGAUGGACUGCUUAACGAUUUCCAAGUUGAUUCUGGAACCUUGCCAUGUGUGGCGUGUGGCGUUCUUGGCUUCCCCUUUAUGUCUGUUGUACAGCCUUCUGAAGAAGCAUUAAAGGAUCUCUCAGAGAGAGAAGGAGAGAUAGAUGCUCAAGAAUUUACGACACUGUCAUCAGAAAAGUCUCAAUGCGAAUGGAAAACGUCUUCUAGAUAUAUAAGGCCUCGCAUUUUCUGCCUCGAACACACUAUUGAACUUCAGAGGCUGCUGCAAUCCAGAGGUGGACUGAAGUUCCUUAUAAUUUGCCAUAAAGACUUUCAAAAAUUCAAGGCACAUGCGGCUAUUGUGGCAGAGGAGGUCAAAGUCCCUUUCAGGUAUGAUGAUGUUCUGCUAGAAAGUGCAUCUCAAGAAGAGUUGAGUCUAAUUGAUCUUGCAAUUGAAGAUGAAAAAAACUACAACCACGCCUUAGACUGGACGUCAGAACUUGGCAUCAAUUUACGGUACUGCGUUAAAGUGAGGAAAAAUUCCCCUACUAAGAAAAUUCAGCAUGCACUGUCACUAGGUGGCUUGUUCUCCGACACGAGCUACAUGCUAGAUAUUUCAACUAUCAGAUGGCUGCAGAGAAAAUCACGCUCAAAAGCUAAACCCAGUUCUACCUCAAGUUUCACACCUCGUGAACAUCUCGAAGUAAAAGUAGAUGGAAAAUUAGGGGAGAGUGUGGAUUCUCAAGCUGGAAGAAAGGAAGAAAAGAUCAUCCAGUACUCCAGAAAGAAAAAGUCGAAUCCCAAGCUUUCUUCAGAACAAGGUCAGGAGCUAGCUCCCUUAGCUAAAUCAAAAGAUUUUGAUAAGACGUGCAAUAAAAAUGCCAGUAAGUCACAUCUGGAUAGUUCCAUUCGUUCUGAGUUGAACAAUGCGAUUGGAGACUCUGGAAGGGUCAUUGGCAGGAAUGAGAAAUCAUUUUCCGAAAAUCCUUGUAGCUCAUCUUUCACUGGGGCACAUGAUCAAGAACAUCCCGAGAUUACUAUCAAGUUUGGUUCAGCUUUAGAUGGGAAUGUCACAAAUCGUUUAAGUAUGGUGAAUGGAGACUCUGCUGACCUAUCUUCCGUAUCUAGAGAGCCCCGAGGACACUCUAUGACCAGCAAUAACAAUGGCUCCAACUCAGGUUGUCAUGUUGUGGCAAGUCAGACCAUACUUGUUUCUACCGGUGAUAAUCAUGAUGGACCAGGAAAAUUGUCUGGUGAUUAUGUCUGCAGUGAUGUGUCUGUAGGUGGUGUUCAGGAAGCGGUUGAAAUGAGUGACCAAGAGUUUGGAGAACCUAGGUCUACUGUCACUAAUAUCGAGGAUGAACAGCAAUCGCAGAUGGUGCCACCAACCAAAAGAGAAGCUGUAUCUGGUGAUCACGCUCAGGUGGAGAGAUCAGAAGCUGUGUGUACGAAAGAAAACUUGUGCUCUGAUAUUAUACUGCACACUGAGCAUUCUUCAGCUCAAGUGGGUAUGGAAAUUCCUGAAAUAAACACGGCCAGUGAGAGCAUGGUUGUUGACAGGACCCAUGGUGGUGAACCUUUGGCCAGUAGCGAUAUAUUAAGUUCGAGCAACGGUGAUCAAGCUUCUUCAAAUGGAUUGCAAGUCCCAGAUGAUGAGCUUAACAUGGAGAGCGAAGUUUCAAGCUCAGAAAACACCGAGGUUAUCAAGACUCCCAAUCCUAUGGGAGAAGCAAAGAUGAAACGGAAACUAGAAUCAGAGUCUGAAGCAAAUGAUAAUCUGGAGAGUAGGAUUGGUUUCAUAAGGAGUCCUUGUGAAGGGUUGAGGUCAAGGGGCAAGAGGAAAGCGACAUGUGAAACUUCAUUUAACCUCACUGAAACGAUUGAUGAAGAGAAGAAACCCAUUGCGAAAAGGCUCAAGAAAACUCGAAAGGCUCGCUCAGGGAGUCGUCACCAAGAAGUCCCCACGACAACUCACCCCAAUCGUUGUUACCUAGAGGGAUGCAAGAUGACCUUCGAGAGUAAAGCGAAAUUACAAACACACAAGAGAAACCGUUGCACACACGAUGGGUGUGGUAAGAAAUUCAGGGCUCACAAGUAUCUGGUGCUUCAUCAACGUGUUCAUAACGAUGAUAGACCUUUUGAGUGCUCUUGGGAAGGAUGUUCCAUGACUUUCAAAUGGCAAUGGGCGAGAACUGAGCAUUUGCGUCUGCACACGGGAGAACGACCAUACAAAUGCAAGGUCGAGGGAUGCGGGUUGUCAUUCAGGUUUGUGUCGGAUUAUAGUCGCCACAGACGGAAAACAGGGCAUUAUGUCGCAUAAAGAAACCGGCAUUCAAAUCCUGCAAACAUGUUGUGAGUUGUUGUAAAAUCUAAUAUAUGGUUGGGUUUUUAAUAGUUUCUUGUCUAGCGUUUUAGACCGUUGUUAUGGAUCACUUUUUGUAGAUGGUGACUUGUCUCCAUGUUUGAAAAGGCCUCACACACUCUUGAUUUCUUUGUUGCUGAACUCGUAACCAUUGGCUUCAAAUUGUUAAUAUGCAUUAUGAUUAUUCACCCUUUAAA